GUCGUUAACAUAUGUGUGUUGAUUUCAAGCUCUUGGUGAUGACGUUCCAACAAGAGUCGAAACAGGUUCGCUAAUCGUUCGUAUUGGCAACAUCGUUCGUAAUAUUCGAUUAAUCGACUCCAACAAGGCAUCAUGAGUACUCAGAGAAACCAAUUCUGCACGAGGUCUGUUAUCACCGUCAUGGCAGUGGUGGCUUUGGGGACUGUUGCCGUCACGAUAUUAUUAGCUACGAGACAGUUAUGGGCGGCCACACCAACGACCAACAAUCUCAGGGCUUUGCCACCGGGCUUCAUGUUAUCCUGUGCAACGUCUGCAUACCAAGUGGAGGGGGCUUGGAACGAAGAUGGCAAGGGUGAGAGUGUAUGGGACAACUUCACUCACAAGUACCCUGACAGAGUAAAGGGUAGAGAGACCGGUGACGUGGCGUGUGACUCUUACCACAAAUACAAGGAGGACGUGAGAAUGAUUAAAGAGACUGGGUUCACAAUGUACAGGUUCUCGCUUUCCUGGACCCGAAUUCUCCCAACAGGCUACAACCACACAGUAAACCAGAAGGGGGUGGAUUAUUACCAUCGCUUAAUAGACGAGUUACUGGCCAACGGAAUCCAGCCAAUGAUAACACUGUUUCAUUGGGAUUUGCCACAGCCUCUACAGGAUCUUGGAGGAUGGAACAACCCUGACAUGGCAGAUUACUUCAGGGACUUCGCCGACAUCGCCUUCCGGGAAUAUGGAGAUAAGGUGAAGUGGUGGUUUACGAUAAAUGAGAUGGAAAUCCUGUCACAGUACGCCUACGGAGAGACUAGGUACGCCCCUGGACUGGGUGACCACGGAGUGUCCGACUACUUGUCUACGCAUCACAUGCUCAGAGGUCACGCCAAGGUUUAUAGACACUAUCAGUCCGUCUACAAACCUCGGCAGCAAGGUAAGGUGAGCCUGACUAACGCUGCAUUUCACAUGAUACCACUUAACGAAUCUUCACUAGAGGAUCAGGCGGCGGCCGAGAGAGCCAAUCAGUUUCAUCUGGGAAUGUACACUCAACCUAUAUACUCCAGAGUAGGGGACUACCCUAAGGUGGUGAGGGAGCGUGUGGACCACAACAGCAAAUUGGAGGGAAGGAACACUUCCAGGCUACCUUCCUUUACUGCGCAAGAGAUAGAAGAUCUGAAAGGUAGCGCCGAUUUUUUUGGUCUGAACCACUACUUCAGUUACCAUGUGACAUCUGGGGAUCAGGAGCCUGAUCCUUCCAUAAAUAGGGAUGCAGGAAUCACACUUCCAGAAUUCAAGCUGUAUCCCAAAGGACUCAGACUUCUCCUGAACUUAAUUAAGACUAAAUACAACAACCCACCGGUCUUCAUAGCGGAGAGUGGAUGGGAGGACAGCAGUGAGUUUAAUGACACUAUUAGGGUCGAGUAUUACCAUAACUAUCUGGAGCAGGUACUGUUGGCGAUCCACGAAGACGGAUGUAAUGUUAUUGGCUACACAGCUUGGUCUCUGAUGGACAACUUUGAGUGGAACAGAGCGUACUCAGUAAAGUUCGGGCUCUGGCACGUGGACUUCAACAGCACAGAAAGAACAAGGAGUAUGAAAUUGUCAGCACAUUACUUCAAGAAACUGACAGAAACGAGAGAGCUUCCUAGUAUUCCAUUCUCGAUUCACAGUAGAGGAAAACGUAACACUUUAAAGACAAUGUCCAGCAGCAUGAUUGAAUAUGAAGCUCUUACACUCUUGGCUAUCACCUUACAGUUAUGGACUAAGAAUAUUAAGGCAGAAUCAUUAGUCCCACCCCUUAGCCGGUCUCUUCCUCCAGGAUUCCACCUUAGUUGUGCCACAUCUGCCUACCAGAUUGAGGGAGCCUGGAAUGAAGAUGGCAAAGGUGAAAACAUCUGGGACCGCUUCACCCACACUCGGCCACAACAGAUAGAGGAUGGAUCUAACGGUGACGUGGCGUGCGACUCUUACCACAAGUAUAAGGAAGACGUGAGGAUCAUCAAGGAGACUGGUUUCGAAAUGUACAGAUUCUCAAUCUCGUGGAGUCGAGUGCUCCCCACAGGUUACGUGGAUACAAUCAACAAGCCUGGGGUUGAUUAUUACCAUCGUCUGAUAGACGAGCUGUUGGCCAACGGGAUCCAGCCGAUGGUGACCUUGUACCAUUGGGAUCUGCCUCAGCCAUUGCAGGAAAUAGGAGGUUGGACAAACCGUGCCAUGGCGGAUUAUUUUACCGCUUUCGCGAACUUUGUUUUCAAGGAGUAUGGUGAAAAGGUGAAGUGGUGGAUUACAAUAAACGAAAUGGAUCUGAUCGUGCAAGGUUAUGGAGAGUCCGACUUGUAUGCACCAGGCCUACCAUUGAGUGGAGUUACGGUCUACCAGGCGGCGUAUAACUUGGUGCGGGCCCACGCCAAGGCGUAUCGCCUCUACGAAGCUACCUACAAACCCUCACAGAAAGGGAAGGUUGGAAUGUCAACGUCUGCCCAGUAUAGUGAACCUUUAGACUCCUACUCUGCUGAAGAUCGAGCCGCAGCAAACAGACACACUCAGUUUGAGGUUGGACUGUUCGCUAAUCCAGUGUUCUCGAAGAAAGGGAACUAUCCCAAGGUCGUGCAGGAGCGAGUCAACCGCAACAGCAAGCUCGAGGGGAGAGCCACUUCGAGGCUACCCCCUUUCACCCCGGAGGAGAUACAGUAUAUAAGAGGUUCUUAUGACUUUUUCGGCUUGAACCACUAUUUUACAUACUUUAUCACCCCUGGGACCCCAAAUAGUGGAGGGACGAUUAGAGACCAAGAUUCCGAUUCAACCAUUCAGCAAACGAAGUCCCUACCGUCGGGGUUCAGAGGUCAGCUGAACCGGAUCAGGACCGAGUACGGAAACCCGCCCGUUUUCGUCACCGAAAAUGGUGUCAAUGAUCCUAACGUUUUUAACGACACUGCAAGGAUAGAGUAUUACCACAAUUACAUAGAAGAAAUGCUGAAAGCUAUCCAAAUUGAUGGCUGCAAUGUUAUUGGAUACACAGCCUGGUCGAUGAUGGAUAAUUUUGAGUGGAACUUCGGAUAUACAGCGAAGUACGGAUUGUGGCGAGUAGAUUUUAACAUUACGGAAAGGCCCAGAACAAAGAAGCUGUCGGUACACUACUUCCAGCAAUUUACUAAAACCAGACAACUACCAAGUAUACCGUUCAUUAUUUAACAUACGUUCAUGCAAUUC